AUGGCCGAGUCCACCUUCUUCCGUUCGGAAGAAAUGUCGCUGAUCCAGCUGUACAUCCCAGCUGAGGUCGCCCAACCCACCGUCUCCGAGCUGGGAGAAUUAGGACUUGUUCAGUUUCGCGAUCUCAACCCAGACGUCAAUGCCUUCCAGCGUGCCUUCGUUGGCGAGAUUAGACGCUUCGAUGAAAUGGAAAGACAGCUUCGUUUCUUCACCACGCAGAUUGAAAAGGCAGAAAUCCCUGUCCGUACGAACCUCUCCAAUGCGUACAGCUCGCGCGCCCGUUCGCGUCAGGAACUCGACGAUCUCGAGGAGCGCCUCUCCGAGCACGAAAACCGUCUUCUCCAGAUGAACAACUCGCACGAAACCAUGCAGCGUCGUUACUUGGAGCUGACUGAGCUCAAGCACGUCCUUCGUGAGACAUCUGACUUUUUCCAUGAGGCUGCGUCGCACCAGACUGAGAUCCGCAACUCGUUCGAUGAGCCCAGCGCCCCUCUUUUGGACGACUUGGAGUCUGGCCCUUCGCAGGAGGCUCAGGGUGCUGGUCUACAGCUCGGCAAUGUCACAGGUGUCAUUCCCCGUAGCAAGAUGCAGACCUUUGAACGCAUCCUUUGGAGAUCCCUCCGCGGCAACUUGUACAUGAACACUGCCGAGAUCGACGAGCCCGUCAUCGAUCCUACGACUGAUGUUGUUGUCGAGAAAAACGUCUUCAUUAUCUUUGCCCAUGGUCGCGAGAUCUUGGCCAAGAUCAAGAAGAUUGCAGAGUCUCUUGGCGCAACCCUCUACCCCAUUGACUCGUCCCACGAACGUCGUCGUGAGGCCCUUUUCGAUGUUGUCCGCCACAUCGAAGAGUUCAACUCUGUCUUGGUCAACACCACCCAGACCCGUCGCCAGGAGUUGAUGCGCAUCUCGGAGAACUUGGUCGCAUGGAUGAUUAUUGUCAAGAAGGAAAAGGCGACCUACCACACCAUGAACCAUUUCAACUACGACAUUAACCGCAAGUGCCUAAUCGCUGAGGGUUGGUGCCCUACCAACGAGAUCAAUACCAUCCAGACUGCUCUCCGCGGUGUGACUGAGCGCUCUGGCUCCAUGGUGCCCUCGAUCUUAAACGAGCUCAAGACCCACAAGGAGCCCCCAACCUUCCACAAAACUAACAAGUUCACUGUUGGAUUCCAGGGCAUUGUCGAUGCUUAUGGUAUGGCCAAGUACCGUGAGGUCAACCCCGGUCUCUUUACUAUUAUUUCGUUCCCCUUCCUCUUCGCCGUCAUGUUCGGUGAUGUCGGUCACGGUAUUAUUGUUCUUCUCGUCGGAAUUUAUCUCUGCAUGAACGAGCGCAAGCUUGCUCAAGUCGACGGAGAGAUGUUCCAAAUGGUCUUUGGCGGUCGUUACAUUGUUCUUCUCAUGGGAGCUUUCUCACUCUUUACAGGAAUGAUGUACAACGAUAUCUUCUCUCGCGCCAUGCCCUUCUUCCAGUCUGGGUGGGACUUCCAUGUCCCUGACGACUACCCUGGCAAGACUGUGAUUGUCGCUGAGCCCAACGGCCAUACUUAUCCCUUCGGUAUCGAUUACGCUUGGCACGGAACCGACAACUACCUCCUCUUCACCAACUCGUACAAGAUGAAGAUGUCGGUCAUUCUGGGAGUCAUCCACAUGUCGUUCGGUAUCUGCAUGGUCUACUACAACGCCAAGUUCUACCGCAAGCCCAUUGAUAUCAUUGCAGGUUUCAUUCCUCAGAUGAUCUUUAUGCAGUCUUUGUUCGGAUACUUGACGCUGAUGAUCCUCUACAAGUGGACUGUAAACUGGUUCGAGACCGAUGCUGCUGGUCAUGCCGUCCGCAACUCUCCCCCCAGUUUGCUUAACACUAUGAUUUAUAUGUUCCUCAGCCCUGGAUCUGUCGCCGACGAGGAUCGUCUCUACCCUGGACAGGCGUUUGUGCAAGGAUUGUUGGUGCUGAUCGCAUUCAUCUGCAUUCCCUGGAUGUUGUUUGUUAAGCCAUACUAUCUCAAGUGGGAGCACGGCAAGGCCCGCGCCAUGGGUUACCAUCAGCCCUCGGAGCACAAUGUCCGUGUCAGUACUGACAGUACCCGCUCGGAGGAGGCCGCUGGAGCUGUUGUUGCUGAGGAGGUUGAGGGCGAGGAGGAGUUUGAGUUCUCGGAGGAGUUUAUCCACCAGGUUAUUCACACGAUCGAUUUCUGCCUGAGUUGUAUCUCCAACACGGCUUCGUACUUGCGUCUUUGGGCCCUGUCUCUUGCUCACGCGCAGCUGUCGGAGGUUCUGUGGGGCAUGACCUUGGGCGUCGCCUGGGGAUUCACGGGAACCCUUGGCGCGAUUAUGACGGUUGCGAUGUUCUCCGUCUGGUUCUUCUUGUCUAUCUUCAUUCUCGUCGGCAUGGAGGGUCUCUCUGCCUUCUUGCACGCCCUCCGUCUCCACUGGGUUGAGUUCAACAGCAAGUUCUACAUCGGUACUGGUUAUGCUUUCCAGCCUUUCUCGUUCGCCACCGUGCUCUCGGAGAAGGAGACCGUUUAA